AUGACUGUCUUUGUGGCUACACUCUUCCUACCUUACACCAUCAAUUUCGAUGUGCCCUCGAACUCUCCACCGGAGAGACCAGACCCUCAGAGAACCCAGUCGACUUUGGCUCAAAAGAUUCUUUCUCAACCUGCCGUGGUCGACACCCAGACCGUCAGCUUGUUCACACCCACCCCGGGCAUCGUCGCUGGCAUUACCCAGAGUCCCGGAUCUUUGAUCCAAACUCCAGGUGCAACAACAGAUCAUGAGAAGAUCUUCCUUCCACAUGUCGAACGACCGAUUAGCCUGACUCUGCCACGGACCAACCAAAAGUCUCGCCCUGCGGUGCAACGCGAUCCUCGAGCAAUCUCCCGUCACGACCUCCAUUCACCAGGCUGGGGCAAGACCUUUGGCUGGAAUCAACCCCCUUCACGUGCGAAAUCACCGCCUCCGAGUUCGAUCCUGAGGCAUGCGGCGGCCGAGGCCAAGGACAAACUCGACAAGGCUGCUGUGGCUGUCGUGUCCAAUUUACAGAGCAAGCGUGGGCGGCAACACAGGAGAACAAGGACAUUCAGCCACGAACAACGGUUUUCAGAAUACAACUACACCGUGGAGAAAGCGCUACUUGGAAAUGGGGGGCUGUUCAAUGCUAUUGAUGCUGCGGCGGAAGCAGGGACCCUGGAAGAAAAGACCUGGGUCGGGACCUUAGGUUGUCCCGCCGAUGCGUUGGACGAUCCUCUCAAGGAGAAUAUUGCAGAGAAACUGGAGAAUGACUAUGAUUCUCUAGCGGUCUAUGUUAGUGACAGCGACCUCAAUGGUCACUACGAGCAUUACUGCAAGACCAUUCUUUGGCCGGUCUUUCACUACCAGAUACCAGAUCAUCCGAAAAGCAAGGCGUACGAAGACCAUUCUUGGGUUUUCUAUGUCAAGGUAAAUGAAGCAUUUGCCGAUCGCAUUGCGAAGAACUACAAGAAGGGAGACGUGAUUUGGAUCCACGACUACCACCUGUUGCUUGUGCCUGGUCUGUUGCGACAGAGACUUCCGGAAGCGGAGAUAGGGUUCUUCUUGCACACUGCCUUCCCCUCGUCAGAGAUCUUCAGAUGUCUCGCCGUUCGGACUGAGCUCUUGGACGGCAUUCUAGGGGCCAACAUGAUCGGAUUUCAAACCGACGAGUACUGCCACCAUUUCCUGCAAACCUGCAGCCGUCUACUCAAUGUCGAAGCGACCAGACACGGGGUCAUACUGGAAGAUGGAAGAUUCGUCCAUGUCAACACUUGCCCCGUCGGCAUCGACCCCAAGUCCCUCGACCAGCAACGUCGCUUGCCUGAGGUGUCUGAGUGGGUGCAGAUUAUCACCGACAAGUAUCGUGGGAAGCGGAUCAUCGUUGCUCGGGAUAAAUUGGACAAUAUCCGUGGAGUCAGACAGAAGAUCCUUUCCUAUGAACUGUUUCUCAACAAGUAUCCCGAGUACAAGGAUAAGGUUGUCCUUAUCCAGAUCGCCACCUCUUCGACCGAAGAUCCCGAGUUGAGUGCCACGGUCGCAGACAUUGUCACUCGGGUCAAUUCGACCCAUUCAACCUUGGCACAUCAGCCGUUGGUGUUCUUGAAGCAAGACAUUGACUUUGCACAGUAUCUGGCCCUCCUCACCGUGGCAGAAUGUUUGAUGAUCACCAGCUUACGAGAAGGAAUGAACCUGACCAGCCAUGAAUUUGUGAUAUGCCAGGACGGCCAAUAUGCCGAAACCAAGUUCGGACCGUUGAUCCUUAGUGAGUUUACAGGUUCGGCCACCGUCUUCGGCCAUAAUGCAAUUCUGGUGAACCCAUGGCAUUACAGCCAAUGCGCUGCGGCCAUCAAGCAGGCGCUUGACAUGCCCGCUCCGGACAGGGAACGCCGGUGGAAGGCCAUGCACGAUAUUGUCGUGAAGCAAAACGCAGCCGAGUGGUUCGGGACCUACACCAAGGGGCUAGACCGCGCCUGGAAAGAACAUGCCAUUCGUGACUCUACGUCCGUGCCGCGUCUGUCACUAACCUCGGUGAAGCCCAAAUAUCUCCGAGCCGAGAAACGGCUGCUCAUCCUCGACUACGAAGGAACUCUGGCAUCUUGGGGAUCCCCAACCGACAUUAUCUUGACCACUCCCAAGAGAUCCAUUGAUGUGUUGAAUGAUCUGAUCGAGGAUAAGCGAAACACGGUCUAUGUCAUGAGCUCCAGAAUGCCCGAAGAAAUGGAGCGACUCUUCAGUCCAGUCAGUGGGCUCGGGAUGAUUGCCGAGAACGGGGGGUUCUUGCUGGAGCCCGGUUCGGACGAGUGGGAAGAGUUGGCCAACCUCGAACAUUUCAAGGAUUGGAAAGAGGGUGUCCGCAGCAUUCUUCAAUAUUAUGUGGAGAGAAUCGAGGGCAGUCGGAUCGAGGAACGGCAUUGCUCGCUGAUAUUCGACUAUAGCGACGCCGAGGAUCGGGCCGGAGCUUUCAAGCAAGCGGGCGAAUGUGCCAAUCACAUCAACGAUGCGUGCGGUAGCCAACAUGUGAAUGCGAUACCCAUUGAGGACGGACUGUUUAUCUCGGAGAUGGAUGUCAACAAAGGAUUGGCAACCCAGAUGAUCAUUGAUCAAGCCGAGAAGCAUGGGAUCCCAUUACCGGAGUUCCUCAUGGUGAUUGGUGAUUCGAGAGAAGAUGAAUACGUGUUCAACUGGGCACACAAACUCGAGAAGGCUGGCAAGGUUCGAGAUGUGGUGACUGUGACUCUGGGUGCCAGAAGCACCGAAGCUUCAGCCACGCUGACACAGGGCGUGACCGGGGUGUUGUCGAUCCUGGAGAAACUGGUGAGAAGUUCGCAGCAACCUGGACGUUGA